AUGCUGUUCAACAAGCUGUUCAAAAAGAAAACCGAGCUGGAGGUGGACGUAUACCUGAUAAAGGACGAGCAGUGCACCCCGCAUAUGCUCGACUGCAAAUUGUACGUGAACAACAGGGGCCGGGGGAGUGACGACCAGGUGGUCAUAUGGAACAGCUCGAAAAAACUUACCCUUAGUGAAGACUCCAUCCACAGCUUCAAGUACCAUGAGCUAGACAUGUGCCAAUUUAAAUAUAUAAAAAAUGGUCUAGUGGAGGAAUAUGGCUUGGUUUUUUCGCAGGUCAAAAAUAUGUAUUAUUUUUUUAAGUAUAUUAUGCUGUCCUAUUUGAAGGGGAAUAUCGUUUUGUGUAGGAGGGUGAAUCUGUUUCGAUAUGAGGAGCCGGAGAAGGUACUCUACAAGAAGGACCACCUGGGCCUCUUAACAUUUAACACGGCCAAGUGUGAGCACCUGUUGGUUGUUCUCACCCCGGAGAGGUCCUCUCCUGCCGAGGAGCAGCGUAGCCAGGUGGACGUGGACUGCAAACACCUGUAUGAAGAACUCACCAUGGAAAACGUGAGGGAGCUGUACAAAAGGAAUCGCGUCUUCCUCAUUUACGUGCUGAAUUCAUUCAACGAUAUUUACCUGAGCAGGGAGUCCAUCGGGAUCCACGUGCACAGGUACUUGGUCAGCAGCCUGUUCAGGUUCUUCGAGUACAAGGCGCUGUACGAGGGCGGGGACCGCUACGCGGAGUGGUUCGCGGGGCAGUUCGAGGAGCAGUUCGAGGAGCAGUUCGAGGAGCAGUUCGAGGAGCAGUUCGAGGAGCGCUUCGCAGGGCACUUCACAGAGGAGGGAUCACUCAAGAGGGAGGAGCAAAACGUGGUGGUGGGAGCAGACCCCUCCCCAGCGAACCUUCAAACCGCGGCCGAGGGGGACUCCUACCGCGGCGUGGAGGCAACCCCAAUUGGGGACGACGAAUUGGGGGCCUUAGACAGGGCCGUGGAGAGCGAAAUGGAGAGGAUGGAUAAGGGAGGCAAACAAGGGGGUGUCAAAAUGGGGAAGAACAAGCGGGGGAAGCGCGCGAAGGGGAAGAAGCGCACUGUGGGGAAAACCCACACAGAGGGGCAGACUCACACAGAGGGGCAGACUCACACCGAGGGGCAGGUGCGCGAGGGGGCCGAGAACGAUCUUGCCGCGCAGCUGCAGCGGAUGAGCGAAAAGUUCCUCAUCAUCCUGGAGUCGGAGGACGUCUUCAUCGAGCACAUCAGGGGGAUACUCAUCUACCGGCAGGACUUCCAAAAUGACAUCGUCAGCAUCAAGAGGGACUUCAUGGAGGCGCGUGCGACGAAUGAGGCGGCGAGCGAAGCGGUGGAGGCCCCCACUGAGGCGGAGUUCCACCCUGGGGGGACCCCCCCAAAGGGCGGGUUCGUCCUUCUCUCCGAGUCGGACGGGAGUGAUGCAGAUGAUGGGGCUGACGGGAGUGACUUGUCUGACGUGCCCCCCAUGGAGGGAGGCAACACGAGACGCAAAGGUACUCACACAGAUGGCAUGAAGUACAAAUUUGUGAGCACCAGCGGGAAGCUCUCCUUCGUGCUGCGGCAAAAUCACAUCCCAGGGAGGAGGCAGCAAAGGAUGAAGCAAAGGGUGAAGCUACACAGGAAGGGUGAACCCUCGGGAGGGGAAAUCAACUACGAUGACGUGCGCAACGACCUGAACAUAUACACAUUUGACGAGUACGGAAAGGAAAAAAAAAUCUACAACUCAGGAGAAAACAUAUUUACAUUUAAAAAGGAGCAGUGUGUUCCAAAAAGCAUCCACGUGAAUGACGAACAGGGAAAUAAAAUGGUCUUUUUGAACGAAAAAAACGACAAACAUUUAUUCAUUUUUGAUACAAAUAAAGAGAAAAUUGUAAAAAUGUGGGACACAGAAAAUAUGCCAAUAAGUCAGCUGAUCAGGAAGGAAGAAAACGUGUACUGUGGGUAUAACAAAAAGAGUUUGUUCUUUGUCGAUGCGAGAGUUAAAUCCUGUGUGCAAAAUGCUUUGCUUUACGGGAGAGGCACACCUGACAUUGAGCAGGCCACUUUGGAUAACAGGGGGAGAAUUAUUUUAACAAAUGCAAAGGGGGAAAUUAAAUAUUACGAUGGAAAAAAAAAUAAAGAUCAUAUCCUUAAGAAGAGUAAAAAUGUCUUGUCGUGUGCAAAUGAUAUUGUCCAUUUGUGUACAACGCACGAUGGGAUUUAUUCCGUUGUGACUUGCCAGAAAAGUGUAAUCAUCUGCGAAAAUUCCAUUCGCAAUUGUAGCCUUUUUGAGCGAGUUAUAAAAAAGGAGGAACGCCUCGAACAGAAGAAAUUCCUCCUGCAAAUUCACUACGUUGAUGUUUUUACGUACAAUCUUGGGGACUACACAUUUGAGAAGAGCAUCGUCAGCAGUGACAACUCACUCGUGUUCACCUUGUCCGCCAAGUUUUACGUCGUUUGGAAUUUUAAGGAUGUGGUGAAUGGCCGCACUUCCUACGUCAUUAAGAAGGCCGCGGAGGACAUCGCGGAUUUAUCCUACUUCAAUUUCAGCGACGUGCAGGGGGUCCUCGUCGCCACGGAGAACUCCCUCAAGUCGAAGAAGAUCACCAGCGUGUAG